AUGAAGGUGCCUCCGAAGAUCCGACACUUUAUCUGGCGUGCUGCGAAGGAUGUUCUGCCCACUAAACAGAAUUUACAGGCUCGGCAUAUACCUGUUGGAGUGGAAUGUGAUGGCUGUGGAGAUCACACGGAGUCGAUAAUUCAUUGUUUAUGGUUGUGCGAUCAGGCGAGGUCGGUGUGGAUGUCGCUCUUGGAGUUUCGCUCACUGCUGCAGAAGAAAUGUCGGACGUUCUGUGACUUAUUGGAGGAAGUCUUCAGUGUUGGGCCAGCCAAGAAGGUAGCUUUGUUCGCUACUGUGGCGUGGUGCAUAUGGCAGCGUCGCAACCGGUUAAGGGAGAACCAGUCAACGUGGAAGCUGCAUGAAAUUGGUGAUAACGCACAGCGAUUGGUGGAUGAAUUUUGGAGCGUCAAUUCUCAAGAGAGUGGCGAGCCUAUUCCUCGGCACAGGGUGCGCUGGUCUCCUCCACCAGAGGACUGCUACAAAGUUAAUUUUGAUGCUGCGUUUUGUGAGGAUUCAGGUUUGGCUGGUAUCGGAGUGGUUUGCCGGGAUAAUUCUGGUCAAGUUAUCGCGGCUCUUAGGCAGAAUCUGGGUCAAGUGCAGUCAGUAGAGAUGGCUGAAGCUCUGGCAGCGCGAAGGGCUGUGGUCUUUGCCAGGGAGAUGAGUUUAUUUUGUAUCAUUGUUGAAGGUGAUUGUCUGGCAGUCAUUCAGGCUUUGCGUCGAAGUGGUCUUUGUCCUCUAUUAUUUGGUCAUAUUGUGAAUGAGACUAAGCGUCUGGGAUCCGUCCGAAGAAGUUGUGUGUUUCAACAUGUUAGGCGGGAGGGGAAUAGGUUAGCUCAUAGCUUAGCUAAAAAAGCAGUUCUAUCUGCAGAUUUUGAGGUUUGGGUAGAAGAUUUACCUGAGGACGUGGAUGUUGGUUUCCAGUCGGAUUUUCCUUGA